AAAAUUAAAAGAAAGAGAGAGAGAAGAGUCCGUAGUCGAAGCCCUAAGUUCUAACUGUGUGUCAGGUGCACCUCUUUUUCUCCAUUGCCGAACUCCGAUUCUCAUUCUCAAUCUCCGCCAUUUCUGUUGCUUUCUUCUCCGUCAACUACAGAAGGAAAAAUGGCUAUGAGCCAAAUUAGAUUGGUUAGAAGAAGCCUUCUGAAUACCAAAGAUCUGAUAAAACUGACAAAUGUGCGAACAUUUGCUGCUGGGGGCAAAAAGAAGGGUUCUAAAGGAGGGGGUGCGGCUACUGAUGCUCCUAAAGCAUCAAUUCUAAGUAAAGAGGUAAAAUCUACCACUGUAGUUGGUGCCAAUAUUCUUAAGGAAGGUGCAGAUCCAAAAGUCAUGGCAGACUCGGAGUACCCUGAUUGGCUGUGGCGUUUGAUCGAUAAGCGUCCAGCUCUUAGUGAAUUACAAAGGAAGGAUGCCAAAACGCUUCCCUAUGAGGAUCUCAAGCGCUUUGUUAAGUUGGAUACUCGAGCAAGGAUUAAGGAAAACAACUCUAGUAAGGCGAAGAAUUGAUAACAUAUCAGUUAAAAGUCGAGUCAAUCUCCAUG